AUGACAUCGUCAGGAGGCGGGUUGUGGCAUCCAGACUCUCAACCGACGCAACUGAUGCGACGCGACAUCGAUCGCCAUUCACGCCGGCUGAAGGACGUUCUCCUCGAAGAUCGUUUGCGGAAGGAGUUUCUCGGUGGUGUCGCGAAGCAGGAUGCGAAAGCUGUCAAGGCCCUCGUUUCGGCGAAUGCUGAGAACGCUUUGAAGACGCGCCCGAAGGGCUACGAUGCUGAUCACCCUGACAUCGAUCUCUUGCGUCUGCGCAACUACACCAUCGGCCGCAAACUGAACGACAGUGAAGUCGUCGGUCCGCACGGUCUCGAUCGAAUUGCCGAGCUCCUGUCGUGCAUGAAGCCAUUCAUUACCUACCUGAACUCAGUUGUGAUGCCUGACGAACCUGCUUCUGCUUCAGAUGAUGAGGAUGAGGAGGAGGAUGAAAAUCAGAACGAUGGAGAAUCAUCAGACGAGGAGGGCAGUGAAUGA